GAUGCACGACAGCAUGUCCACAAUGGUGUACGUGAAGGACGACAAGCUGGAGAAGCUCACGCAGGACGAGAUCAUCUCCAAGACCAAGCAGGUGAUCCAGGGGCUGGAGGCGCUGAAGAACGAGCACAACUCCAUCCUGCAGAGCCUGCUCGAGACGCUGCAAUGCCUGAAGAAGGAUGACGAGAGCAACCUGGUGGAGGAGAAGUCCAGCAUGAUCCGCAAGUCCCUGGAGAUGCUGGAGCUCGGGCUGAGCGAGGCACAGGUCAUGAUGGCCCUGUCCAACCACCUGAACGCCGUGGAGUCGGAGAAACAGAAACUGCGCGCCCAGGUCCGCCGUCUGUGCCAGGAGAACCAGUGGCUGCGGGACGAGCUGGCCAGCACACAGCAGAAGCUGCAGAAGAGCGAGCAGUCGGUGGCCCAACUGGAGGAGGAGAAGAAGCACCUGGAGUUCAUGAAUCAGCUCAAGAAGUACGACGACGACAUCUCCCCGUCGGAGGACAGAGACACCGACUCCAACAAAGAGCCUCUGGACGACCUGUUCCCCAAUGACGAGGACGAGCCGGGCCAGGGCAUCCAGCAGCAGCACAGCAGUGCGGCGGCCGCGGCCCAGCAGGGCGGCUACGAGAUCCCAGCACGCCUGCGCACGCUGCACAACCUGGUGAUCCAGUACGCCUCGCAGGGGCGCUACGAGGUGGCCGUGCCCCUCUGCAAGCAGGCCCUGGAGGACCUGGAGAAGACUUCGGGGCAUGACCACCCGGACGUGGCCACCAUGCUCAACAUCCUGGCCCUGGUGUACAGGGACCAGAACAAGUACAAAGACGCAGCGAACCUCCUGAACGACGCCUUGGCCAUCCGUGAGAAGACUCUGGGCAAAGACCACCCCGCGGUGGCGGCAACUCUGAACAACCUUGCAGUGCUCUAUGGGAAAAGGGGGAAGUACAAAGAAGCAGAGCCACUGUGCAAACGAGCCCUGGAGAUCCGCGAGAAGGUGUUGGGGAAGGACCACCCUGACGUGGCCAAGCAGCUGAACAACCUGGCCUUGCUGUGCCAGAACCAGGGCAAGUACGAGGAGGUGGAGUACUACUACCAGCGGGCCCUCGAGAUCUACCAGACCAAGCUGGGGCCCGACGACCCCAACGUGGCCAAGACCAAGAACAACCUGGCAUCCUGCUAUCUGAAACAAGGGAAGUUCAAGCAAGCAGAGACACUCUACAAAGAGAUCCUCACUCGGGCGCACGAAAGGGAGUUCGGGUCUGUAGACGAUGAGAACAAACCCAUUUGGAUGCAUGCCGAGGAGAGGGAGGAGUGCAAGGGAAAGCAGAAGGACGGGGCCCCGUUUGGCGAGUAUGGCGGCUGGUACAAGGCCUGCAAGGUGGACAGCCCGACUGUUACGACCACGCUAAAGAACCUCGGAGCACUUUACAGACGCCAGGGCAAGUUCGAAGCUGCAGAAACGCUAGAAGAAGCUGCCAUGAGGUCACGAAAGCAGGGUCUUGACACUGUUCACAAACAGAGGGUGGCCGAAGUGCUCAACGACCCCGAGAGCGCCGAGAAGCGGAGGAGCCGCGAGAGCCUGAACUCGGACGUGGUCAAGUACGAGAGCGGCCCCGAUGGCGGCGAGGAAGUGAGUAUGAGCGUAGAGUGGAACGGGGAUGGCACUGGAUCUUUAAAGCGCAGUGGUUCCUUUAGCAAACUCCGGGCUUCCAUUAGACGCAGCAGUGAGAAGCUGGUUAGGAAGCUGAAGGGAGGAAGUUCUCGAGAGAGUGACCCCAGGAACCCCGGGGCGGCCCCGGCAGAGACGCUCUCUGUGGAGAACGACAGCGGCAGCAGCGGCCUGGAAGACGCUACCGCUAACUGACCCUGGCCUGCCGGGCACCGCUGCCAUGGGGGCCCUGGGGCCGGCCCCGUGACAGCUGCGGGCUGGAGGGCCCUGGAACUAGGAGCCAUGGUGCCGGCUGUCCCGUCCUGUCCACAUGCUGCGGGACACUAAGGCUGGCCCUGCGCGGGCCAGGCGGGUGACCUGGUGCCUGGGCCGUUCUGGAAGGACCGCAGGUGGGGUGGCCUGGCCUGGCUUCUCGCGUGACGUCCCUGCACUGUGUGAUGUGUUUUAUUGUAAAUUUCUUUAAGAUUAAAAGUUGAUACGCCUUACCCUUCA